CCAAUCGAUUUUAUAUGCCGUUGAGAAAUGUCAAAUUAAUGUCAUCCACGACUUGUCAGAUAACAAACGUAAAUAAAGGCACGUGUUGUCUUGUCAGUUGUGUUAUUUAGGAUUUAUUAUAAAAAUAUCUAAUAUUUUCGCUUCUCAUGAGGUUGAGGUUAAAUAAUACUAAUUGUAAGAGACGUAACGUAUCUGUGCUAUGCACGUCGCUCUUCAAAAUGGAUGUGGAUGAAAUCGUUUCGAAAUCAUGUUUUUCUAUGUUAGAAGGCAAGGUUGACAGUAGGAUUUUAAAAGAAUUAAAAGUUAUGGGAUUUGAAAAACCCACACGUAUACAGGCAGAGGUAUUACCGCCUUUGCUUCAAGGAAAAGACUUGAUAGGGGCCGCCAAGACUGGAAGUGGAAAAACCUUAGCAUUUCUUAUACCUGUUGUUGAUAACUUAUUGAAACUCGGUACUUUAGGCAAGCUUGGUACAAGGUGUAUCAUUUUAUCACCAACAAGAGAAUUAGCUUUACAAACUUCUGAUGUUUUAAAGAAACUGUUAGUCAACAUUCAUUUAUCACAUUGUCUUAUUGUUGGAGGAGAAAAGAGAGCUAAAGAUAUUUUGAAAUUGAAAAAAGGUGUAAAUAUAAUAGUCAGUACUCCUGGCCGCUUAUUAGAUCAUUUACAGAGUACUGAAAACUUUAAUUGCAACAAACUGCAAUGUUUGGUCUUGGAUGAGGCUGAUAAACUUCUGGAAGCUGGCUUCCAGAAGCAUAUUACUGGCAUCAUCAAGUUAUUGCCAAAGAAAAGGCAAACAGUUUUAUUUAGUGCAACUAUAGACGAAAAUGUUAAGAAUCUGGCUCGAUUGGCAAUGAGAAAUGAUCCAGUGCUAGUAUCUGUGUCUGAUAACAAAACUUCCACUGUGUCCGGACUUCAGCAAGGGUAUUACAUUUGUCCAGUGGAAAAAAGGAUGUCUUGGCUAUACAAAAUGCUUAAAAAGAGUAAAAAACUGAAAGUCAUGGUCUUCUUCUCAUCUUGUAGAUCUGUGGACUUUCAUUACGAGUUUUUUAAAGUGCAUUGUAAAGCUUCAAUUUUAAGUAUACACGGCCAACAAAGUCAAGCGCGGCGAAAAGAGGCAUUCCAUAGUUUUACAGAAGCUCACAAUGGCGUCCUAUUCUGUACUGAUGUCGCAGCACGAGGACUGGACAUCCCAUCAGUCGACUGGAUUGUGCAAUACGACCCGCCAUCGGACCCCAAAGAGUAUAUUCAUAGAGUUGGUCGUACGGCUAGGGGACUGAACAAUAGAGGUAACGCCGUUAUUUUACUGCGGCCAGAGGAAGAGGAGUUUAUUAAAUUUCUAGAAAAAGAAAAGGUUUAUUUAGAUAAAUAUACUUUUGGUGAGCCUCCUGAUGAGGUUCAAGAGAUGCUAGAAGACCUAAUAUCUAAUAACGGCGUUAUGAAAACCUCAGCUAGAAAAGCUUAUCUCUCAUUUCUCAGAUGCUAUAAAACGCAUCCUUUGAAAAAAAUAUUCAAUAUAAACUCUUUGGAUCUCAAAUUAGCAGCGAGAGCGUUUGGGUUUAAAGAACAACCACAUGUGGACUUCUUACCAAAAAACAACAGUGCAAGUACUUGACAAAUGACGACGUAUCAUCCCAGAAAUAAGAAGAUACCUAAUAUUUAUCAUCGAAAUGCAAUCGGGCUGCAAGAUUAUUAUGUGAAGAUAUAAAAUACGACGUGGCGGGUUCAUGCAAACAGAUCACUGAAGUUGUGUGAUAACAAAUGUUGACGAAAUGGAGUCUUGGUUAUGUAAUUUAUUUAAAUUAAAACGAUGUUUAAAAUAAAAGCGAUUUAUUUUAUCUUAUAAACUA